AUGACGGGUAGCAGGAUUGCGCAGGCUACUGGAAAGUAUCUUGGCAAUAGUGAACAUUUUGCGGUGACUUACGGGGACGGUUUAACUGAUGCAGAUCUUGGUGCCGAGUUUGAUUUCCAUCUUGGGCACAACAAGCUCGGCACGGUGCUGGGCGCCAACCCGCCAUCCCGGUUUGGUGAAUUGAAAUUGGACGGAGACGAGGUUCUGGCUUUCAGCGAGAAACCCGAAUUGUCAGCUAACUGGAUAAACGCAGGCUUUUUCUUCUUCCGUAAAGAAUUUGUUGACUAUGUCGAUGUGGAUCCUGCCUGCGUUCUAGAGCAAGCGCCGUUGAUUAAACUUGCCGGCGACAGCCAGCUGUCAAUUUAUAAACACCAGGGGUUUUGGCAGUGUAUGGAUACGCUAAGAGACCUGGAAUAUCUGGAUGCGCUCUGGGCGAAAGGCUAUAUCGGCGCUCAUCUGGUCGAACUGCUGAAAGAAGAGGGGCACUGGGUUACCGGGUGCGAUAUCGAUCUAUUUGAAGGCUGUGAAUGGGAAAAGUGUGUGCCUGCAGAUCUUGAUCUGAACAAAGACAGCCGCGCGGUUACUGAAGAAGACCUAGCCGGGCAUGAUGCCGUUCUGCACCUUGCUGCUAUUUCAAACGAUCCGAUGGGUGACCUUGAUCCUUCUAUUACCUACGGCAUUAAUCGAGACGCCUCUGUCCGCCUUGCUCAGCUGAGUAAAAAAGCAGGCGUACCUCGCUUUGUUUUCUUCGGGAGUUGCUCGGUUUACGGUCAGGGAGAGAAGCUUGAUCUGGAAGAGACGGACCCGCUAAAUCCGAUUACGCCGUAUGCAAUAUCAAAAAUUGAUUCGGAAGUGAUGAUCAGUCCUCUUGCGGACGAGACGUUUACGCCAGUGUACAUGCGUAAUGCCACAGCUUAUGGGUUUUCUAAAAUGCUGCGUACCGAUCUGGUGGUCAACAAUCUGCUCGGCAGUGCGUUGUCGUACAACGAGAUACGCAUCAUGAGUGAUGGCAGCCCCUGGCGACCGCUGAUUCAUUGCAGGGACAUUGCCCGUGCAGCAAUUGCAUUCAUGCAGGCGCCUGCGGCAGAUGUUCACAACAAGGCUGUUAACGUUGGCGGUAAUUCUGAGAAUUAUCAGGUGAAAGAUGUUGCUGAUCAGGUGCAGAGGUUGAUCCCCGGAGCUGACAUCACCUUUACCGGGGAAGUUGGCGCAGACCCAAGGAAUUAUCGCGUUAAUUUCGAUAUGUUGGCCGAAGUGCUGCCGGAUUUUAAGUUAGCUUAUAACCUUGAAAGUGGUAUGGAAGAGCUUCACAGCAAAAUGGUUGAGCAUGGAUUCAAUGCGGCAGAUUUUGAAGGUGAUCAGUUUGUUCGCCUGCGUACGCUGGCCAAGCGCACCGAUCUCGUGCUGUUUGAAGAAACCCCUCUGGCCGGAGCUUAUGUGAUACGGCAGGAAAGACGCGGUGAUGAUCGCGGCUUUUUUGCGCGGGCAUUCUGCAGUCAGGAAUUUGAACAAGCGGGUCUGGUAACACAGUUUGUUCAGGUCAAUAAUUCCCUGUCUGCAAAAAAAGGCACGUUACGCGGUAUGCACUACCAGCUGGCGCCUCAUGCAGAAACUAAAAUUGUCCGGUGUGUGAGAGGUGCGCUGUGCGACGUGAUCAUUGAUUUACGUCCGGAUUCAGAAACGUUCUGCUCAACUUUUCAGAUAGAGUUGAAUGCUGAAAACCGAGAUAUGCUUUAUGUACCGAAAGGUUUCGGCCACGGAUUUAUCACCCUUACCGAUGACACUGAAGCGUUCUAUUUUGUUGAUGAAUUCUAUGCGCCUGACUUUGAGCGCGGUGUUCGCUGGAACGACCCAAAAUUUGCCAUCGAUUGGCCCAUAGAACCA